AUUCCCUUCCCACACCGCACCCUUUUCACAACUUCCCCUCAAAGACAGGAUGGCCGUCCCUCUUUUCGGCCGCCUGUCUUUCCUCCUCCUCGUCACCACCGCCACCUUGGCCACCGGAAUCCACCAUGGCAUCAUUAUCCGAAAAUCUUUCUCCGAUAUUCCGACAUUCAGGGAGGCCCCGAAGUUCCGCAACGGGGAUGAUUGUAGCUCCAAUGCUUCCAAAACAAUCCAUAUUGCCAUGACUUUGGACGCAAACUACCUCAGGGGCACCAUGGCUGCUGUCCUCUCCGUCCUCAAGCAUUCAACGUGCCCCGAAAACAUGGAAUUCCAUUUCUUGUGCGGGAAGUACGAUACCAACGUGCUCCGAAGCAUCAACACCACCUUCCCUUACCUCAACUUCAGAGUUUACCGCUUCGACCCCAACCGAGUUCGUGGAAAGAUAUCGAGAUCCAUACGUCAAGCACUCGAUCAGCCUUUGAACUAUGCUAGGAUUUACCUCGCCGAUAUACUACCGCCGGAUGUUAAGCGCGUAUUAUACUUGGAUUCCGACAUCGUCGUGGUGGAUGACAUCAUAAAACUCUGGGAAGUCGAUUUAGAAGGUAAAGUGUUGGCUGCACCUGAAUAUUGCCACGCGAAUUUCAAACAGUAUUUCACGGACUUGUUCUGGUCGGACAAGGAAUUGUCUAGCACUUUCAACGGAAGACAGCCGUGUUAUUUCAACACUGGGGUCAUGGUGGUGGAUGUUGAUAAGUGGAGGCAAGGCGGAUACGCGGCGAAAGUGGAAGAGUGGAUGGCGAUGCAAAAGCAGAAGAGGAUAUAUACCUUGGGUUCGUUGCCACCAUUUUUGUUGGUGUUAGCUGGGAAUAUAAAAGCCGUUCACCAUAGGUGGAACCAACAUGGACUAGGGGGAGAUAACAUCGAAGGCAAGUGUAGGAGUUUGCAUCCCGGGCCUAUCAGUUUGUUACAUUGGAGUGGCAAAGGGAAGCCUUGGUUGAGGCUCGACUCGAGGAAGCCUUGCGCCGUCGAUCAUCUUUGGGCACCGUAUGAUCUGUAUGGCUCACCAGUUCAAUCUUUGGAAGAAUAAGGGAAGACAUUGGAGGAUACUUCAACCUGUUGGCCAUUAAUGGUUACGCGAAGGAUACUUCAAAACUAAAUGAAUCUACUGUAAUAUAGUGUAUGAACGGAUGUGCAACAUUUAUCUUUAAACAUG